AUGGUGGGCAAAAAAUCGGGCAAGGCGCUUCGUGAUGAAGGCCUUGAACGAACUGACAACAACAUGGAUCUGUCGAGCUGGCCGCAGGUCGCUGCGAUCAACCAGAAAAACUAUUACACCGAUUACCUCAAGCGAGACGAUCAAUAUCUUGCAUUCCGCCUUGCCAACGAGGAGGCGGAUCAAGAUGACCAAAAGCGCCAAGGGGAUCGUGAUCGCGCCCGUGCAAUGGACAAGUCAAACACAGAAGACGCCGACGCAGAGGCAGAGGUCUGGCUGAUGCCGACGGGGGACGCAACAUGGAAGACGAAGACGAUACACCAACUGAAGCCGCGGGCUCGAAAUGACGCUUUGCCAAAGACCAUGCCAAUGGUGAUCGCGAGAAAGUCUCAAACCAAUGAAAGUGAUGAGCGUGAAGAGCCGAAGCCGAAACGAUUGAAGCGAGACGAUGGAACCGAUGAAGACCCAGAGAGAGUUUUUGGUGAAGAGUGGUCCUCUCAAUACACCAAAAUGUCGGCAGAACUGAAAGCUCGCAUGAAGGCCAACAAGCGACGGAUGCUGCCAAACCCCAAGGAGGGCGUCAUCAACUUCAAUCGCAAACAGUCUCCUGAAGCCAUCUCAGAACAUAACGAUCCGGAGCGAAUCGAAUGGACAGAGUUGGGGACUCCUGCACCGGAAUACAUAAUUGGUCAACCUGCUUUGAGAAUUCCCGAUGCUUCAAAACCCCGCUACAAGCUCAGCUGGCCCAUUCAAUAUGGAUGGUGUAAUGAGCGUGAUUACAAGAGCAAGCGAAUGCUGUUCCUUGAUAUCUCUCUCAUCCUAGAAGAGGCUAUCAAGAUACAAUUGGGACUCACCAGCAAGAAAGACUGGGCGCAGUAUUCCUGCGUGUUUGUCAUUCCCGACUUGUAUGAGAAGUCAUAUGUCACCCAGGUGCUGGAGAUGCUGAUGCGCGAAUUCUCAUUCGCUCGGGUCUGCUUCAUUCAGGAAAGUUUGGCUGCGACAUUCGGGGCUGGCUUCACCUCUGCUUGCGUGGUCGACAUUGGCGCCCAAAAAACAUCAAUUUGCUGUGUCGAGGAAGGGAUGUGCAUUGAAAAUUCGAGAGUGAAUCUGAAGAUGGGUGGAAACGACGUGACAGAGACCUUUAUCAAGAUGAUGCUGCACGAUUACUUUCCGUACUACGACAUCAAUCUUUGGCGUCGGUACGAUUUUCUUCUGGCUGAGGAGCUAAAGAAGAAUAUCUGCACUCUUGAUGAAGCCAAGGUAUCUCCUCAGGCAUAUGAUCUCCACCUUCGAGUCUCGGGUCAGGAUACCCAAAAACACAAUUUCAAGGUCUUCGACGAGGGUCACUUGGCCCCAAUGGGCUUCUUUGAGCCCACAAUUUUCGACAAUUCCCACAAGCUCGUUGGGCGACGGCAAUUGAUCGAAAAGUCUGUCGACAUUUACGACGGUCAGCCCAAUGACCCGACUUCAGCAGCCCAAUCGGAAAUUAUGACAGCUCUUGCACCUCCCCUUUCUGCCAAUGGAAAAGUGAAUGGUGAGUCUGAUGUCCAAGCUGCUGCUGCUGCUCCUCGCCCGGUUUUGGGUCGAAUCCAGGAGCAAGACGCCACUCCUCGAUCCUCAGUUGCUGGCUCCCCUGUGCCGGAAACCGCAGGCACUCCUCAGGCUACCGGGAACACUGCGCCUGCAUCUGCGCCAACGACUCAACCCGCUCGUCAGCCUGUUGAAUACCGAGACGACAUCCUUCCGGUCUUCCCUCUCGACAAUGCCAUCUUGACUUCAAUUGCCCAUGCCGCUCGCUCAGAUGAGAAGAAGAUGCGUGAUUUCAUCGGCGGUAUCAUGAUAGUUGGAGGCGGAAGCCUCACCAACGAGCUACAUGCCUUCCUGGAGGCACGAUUGAAAGCCCUUCGCCCUGGUUUCCUAAAGGAGAUCAUGAUCGGUGUCCCACCUCGUGACCUGGAUGCUCAAGUGGUUGUCUGGAAGGGUGCUAGCAUUUUCGGAAAACUGAAUAGCACAAAUGACAGCUGGAUCGGGCAGCUGGAGUAUGAUCGACUGGGGCAUCGCCUCAUGGCAUACAAGUGCAUGUGGGCUUAUUGA